AUGCUCGACAUCGACCUCGACCUCGACCUCGAGUGGCGCACGAUCGACACGCGCGCGCGCACUCUCCAGAGCGAGCCUGAGUUCGGCAAAGUCAGGUUGCGAGCACAGGGCCGACUCACCGAUCGUCGGGCGGCACUCAAGUCAAGUAUCUUGUUGUCCCUCGGUCAAGAAUUGCUUGUGAAAAUUGUCGGUGAGAAAGCACUAGAAACCGAGAAGGGGUCGUCGAAGCGGAAGCCAGCUCUAUUGAAUAUCCUUGACCUGUGUGCGGAGAUUUCGCACAUGUAUAAGGCCCACGCAGUCCGUGUCACCAUAUUCAUGUGUGCUCGUGUUGCAUUUCUUUGUCAUCAACUACGCAUCACGCUCGCGAAGGAUGGUCUCGAGAACAACUUCUGGGGCGAUGUUGACAAGAAGCUUGAUGAGAUUCGUACUGUGCACGCCACCAAGGAAGCACGUUCAAGGGUUUUCAAAAAAGCACUUGAGGCGGACCAGAAGCUUUUCGGCUCUGCUGACUUGCAUGACGCUACUCAUGCAGUCCCAACAUCCGAGCAGAUCAUCGGAGACAACGCCGCCGACGGUAAAGGCACCACUUCCGUGCAAGCUACUCCCGCUUCUGUUUUUGGUUGA